AUGGCUAAAGGAGAGAUAGAGGAUAUUACCACUAAAAUAUACCAUUCUGAAACUAAAGACAUAGACAAUGCCCUAAAAAUCGAAACAGCUGAAAAUCCUGCAAAACUAAGCAAAAUUUCAAGCACAAAACUAGUAUUCCAUUUGACAAGCCAUUGAAUAAAAAGAUCUAUUUUUUUCCCAGCAGGGUUUAAAGUCUGUCCACAGGUAUCCAUGAAACAAAUUUUAGUCAGUAUUCAGGCUUAUUAGAGACUGAGAGUGCAUCAGGAGGCAGUGUGGGAAGCCUAUCAGAUAUUUCUGGAUUGUAUCCCUGAUACAGGUGAAUCAGACUGGAUCAGCAUCUGCCAGCAGGGAACUUUCUGCCUAUUUGACAGUAGGAAAAACUUCAGCAACUCCCAGGAGCACCUGGAACUUCUUCAGCAGAGAAUAAAACCAAGAAACUUGCCUGAGAGAUUUCAGGGCAAUAAUUUCCUGACUGCCAGUCCCUUUGAAACCAAAAGUUACCAGCAAAAUCUCAUGAUGCAAAAGGUAUUUAAAACACUUCCAGGAUUCAAAGAAAUCCAGGUGUUAGGAUUUAGGUAAGUAAGCGAAUUUGACUCUUCAAGUUCCACAGAGGUGCAAUUUAUGGCCAUCUUUAGGAAAGAGCAUGUAGAUACAACACUCGCUGUAAGUGACCCCCUGUCUUUGAUUAUAACAAAACUGAAAGUGAAGGAGUCCCUCUUGGAAUAAUAGAGGAGAAGGAGCAGCAAUCAAGAAAUCUUUCUCACAGCUUUAGACUUAAAGAUUAGCACAGCCCUAGAGGAAGACCAAUCCUUGGAUGUGGGGUCUAUUCAUUUAACUGAUGCAAAAACUCGACUUUUCAGUUCGAGCAUCCUCUCUUUGACUGAUCCAAGUGACACAGAUAUAAUGUCCACUGAUCAGAUAGUACUGCUACGACAGGUAACCAUCCCCACAGAUGACUAUUCUACCAUCAGCCAAUCAGUUCCAGAAACUUCACAUUUGCCUACAUCUUUAGUGGACAGUGGGUUACAUUUGCCAAGGAUGGAGAGCUUCAGUCUGCAUGUCAUUAACAUGCCAUUCUCCAACAACCUAUUCAACAAGUGUUCUCUAGUUCUGGAGCAAUAAUUCAUACAGCUGCUAGUUCCAUAUCGACAAUCCAAUUGUAUGAGAUUUAAGCAACUUGAAAUACUGGGCUUCAGAAAUGGGAGUGUGACCGUGAACAGCAAAAUGAGGUUUGCUAAGUUGCUGCCCUAUAACCUCACCCAGGCUGUGCGUCACAACACGUGGGGUCUUCGUUUUGCUGCAGCCCAACAACUUUAUUUGGAAAUAGACAGCUACUCUCUCAACGUUGAACCAGAGUUUAUUCUGUCAGAGGAUCCAGAGACCUUCGUUUCUGCAUUGACUUCAAGCCUUUAG